UUUCGUUUCAGGUAUUUUAAACAAAUGGUUCCAUAGAGCUUAAAUAUGUUGCUUGCUCAAGAUUAUAAUAGUAGGCGCUCGUCGAUAGCAUCAUCUCAGUCCCGCAACAUUCGCAUUACAGUGCUGAAAAACAUGUUUAAAAAGAUGGCCCUCACCAGGUCAGCGCUGAAGAAGGCCUUGGUGGUGUUAUUUGUCAGUGCGCUGGUAAGCUGCCUGCUCUUGCUGUACUGGAAUGACAGUUCCGAAUCACCCAAACCGUCCACCUCGAUGUCCAUGGGUUUCUACAACACGCAUAUCUACGGAAGCGCGGAAAGUACGAUGACUGCUGGUGAUAACUUUCGAACCAGUGCCAUCCCAGUGAACCCCAUCGAACGCUCGUGGACGUACAAAUGCGUCAACAAUCGAUGCGUGCGGCACCAUUUCGUGGACGGCGUUGAGGAGGACUUUGACACGAACAACAACGCACACCAGCAACAAUCACCCCAACAGUCUCACGGGGGAGGACCCGGCAGCAGUAGCAGCAGCACGAACUCUGGCAGCUCAUCCGGCAAACGUAUACCACACCUAACCUGUACGAUGACCUGCGGACCAAUCAAUAUCUGGCCGCAGCCGACCGGUGCCACCACGAUCGGUAGCAAAACGUCCCGCUUUCGGUUGUCCGACAUGAAAGUAAAAAUCGUGACCCGGUUCGAACCGGUCGAAAAGCUGCUCCAAGAGGCGUACGACGUGAUGCGGUCCGAGAUACGUGGUGUGAUGGUUGCGCAUGGUGCCAGCUUGGAGGAGAUCGAAGGUGCACUACCGGUCGGUAGCGUUCCCGUGGGACUGCAACCAUCGGCAACCGAACAACGGCCGGUAGCGACGGAAGUAAAUGAUGCCGCUGCCACGGCUGGGCGGAGACCGAGUACUGCAGAUGCCGGUGUGGGAAAGAUUCAUUUCUUCAAGCUGGUAAGCGACAAACGGUACGACGUGGAUGCGUUCGAGGUGAACGUGCAUGUGGAGAAGUCGGCCGACACGCAUCUGACGCUGCAUACGGACGAGAGCUACAAUAUGACGGUAACACAUUCGGCAAGGGUGUUGAUCGUGAAAAUUUCUGCAAACACAUUCUUUGGCGCGAAACAUGGACUUACCACGUUGCAGCAGUUGAUCUGGUUCGAUGACGAAGAGCGUACGCUGAAAGUGCUGAACAAGGCGUCCAUUGAGGAUGUGCCAAAAUUUAACUACCGUGGCCUUAUGCUCGAUACCUCCCGGCACUACUUCUCGGUGGAUUCGAUCAAGCGCAUGCUCGUCGGCAUGUCACACUCGAAGCUGAACCGGUUCCACUGGCACAUUACCGACUCGCAGAGCUUCCCACUAGUCUCCAAGCACUAUCCUCAGCUAGCCCGGUACGGUGCCUACUCCGAGCAUGAAGUAUACACCCCGGACGAUGUACGCACGCUGGCAGCGUUUGCCAAAACCCGUGGCAUCCAAAUCAUUCCGGAGAUCGAUGCACCGGCACACGCCGGCAACGGAUGGGACUGGGGCCCGAAGCACGGUCUCGGUGAGCUGAGUCUGUGCAUCAAUCAACAGCCUUGGAGCAAUUACUGCGGUGAACCACCGUGCGGUCAGCUGAAUCCGAAAAACAACAACACCUACCUAAUACUUCAGAAACUGUACGAGGAGUUGCUGGAAAUUGUUGGCCCGCUCGAUUACUUCCACAUCGGAGGCGAUGAGGUGAAUCUGGAAUGCUGGCAGCAACACUUUAAUGAUUCCGAUAUGCGCACGCUUUGGUGUGAUUUUAUGCAGCAAGCGUACCAUCGAUUACAGCUUGCAAGUGGACAGAAUGCAACAGCACCGCGGAUGGUUGGUGUGUGGUCGAGCGGGCUUACCAGCGCACCGUGCCUCUCGAAAAACACGUUCGCUGUGCAGGUUUGGGGUGGUAGCAAGUGGCCAGAAAAUUUCCAGCUCAUCAACAGCGGCUACAGUUUGGUAAUAUCGCACGUGGACGCGUGGUAUCUGGACUGUGGAUUCGGAAGCUGGCGAUCGACUGGGGAAGCUGCCUGUUCACCCUACCGCAACUGGCAAACGGUUUACAAGCAUCGUCCGUGGGAAGAGAUGAAGCUAACCUCGUUGCAGAUGCGUCAGAUUUUGGGUGGUGAAGCGUGCCUAUGGACGGAGCAGGUGGAUGAAUCGCUGCUUGAUGCACGCCUUUGGCCUCGUGCAUCAGCCCUAGCCGAACGACUGUGGACCGACCCGACCGAGGAACGGUACAGUGAAUCGGUACCGCUAGAGGUGUAUAACCGGAUGUCGGUGUUCCGAAAUCAUCUGCUCGAGCUGGGUCUGCGAGCGGAACCAAUCUUCCCGAAGUACUGUGGGCAGAAUCAGGACGAGUGUGUAUGAUAUUACGUGAACCCGUUCUACUAAAGUGUGUGAUCACGGUAAGAAGGUAUAGCGGGCGCCGUCAUC